UCGCUCCCUCUAAGAGGUACCUAAGGUGCUUCGCCCUAGGUGUUGUUGGGUACGUCAGGUGCCUAAACCACCUGCCAUCUCCCCUCCCGUCCUACUACGCUAAAGAACGGUACCGGUACGUAACGAGACGAAACGUUGCUCAGUAUCCCACAAGCAAACCAGCACAGUACGCCGAGAUGGCUGUAUACGAUUAUCCCGCGCGCCGAGAAGCUCCAAAGGGCAUCUCGCAGCCUUCAGGAGAACAGAAACCGCCGAGGUCUCAAUCUGCACAACAACUUGUGACGAGCCAAGAAAUCGUGCAUCCCGGCCUUCUUCACUUGGCCGUACCAAAUGGGGAGAGACGAACUGCAGCCAAUGCGGAAACCUGGUUGGUAACUUAAGCACUUCCUCCCUGCCGCCAUGUCGCUCUCGAUGCGGCGCGUCCUCGGGUCGCGUGCUCUCCGCCCGCCCCUCGUCCGAACCCUGGUCUCGAUGCCCAAGCUGAUUCCCGAGGCCGUCCCGACCGGCUCGACUCAGAUCUUUCGCACCGUCGAGGAGGUCAAGCGGUGGCGCCGCCCCCAGUACACGUGUCACCGAGUUAUCGGGCUGGUGCCUACGAUGGGCGCCCUGCACGAGGGCCAUCUCUCUCUGAUUAGCGCUGCCGUCAAGGAGUGCGACCACGUCGUCGUCAGCAUGUACGUGAACCCGGCCCAGUUCGGCCCCCACGAGGACCUGGAUUCGUAUCCGGCGAACUGGGAUUCAGACCUCGAGAUCCUCGCCGCGCUCGAGAAGAAAUUGGCCAAGAAGAUCAGCGCCGUCUUUGCGCCGACCACGAAGGAGAUGUAUCCCUUUGGGUUUCCGGGCCAGGAGGUCGACUCGAAGGGCAGCUUCGUGAUCAUCACGCCGCUGAGUGAGCGUCUCGAGGGCAAGAGUCGGCCGACCUUUUUCCGCGGCGUGGCCACCGUCUGCAUGAAGCUGUUGAACAUUGUGCAGCCCGACAAGGUCUUCUUCGGCCAGAAGGACAUCCAGCAGAGCCUGGUGAUUCAGCGGAUGGUCGACGAUCUCAUGGUGCCGACCAAGGUGAUCGUCUGCCCCACCGUCCGGGAGCCGGACGGUCUGGCUAGGAGUUCUCGGAACGUUUAUCUCGGUACCCGGCGACGCAAGGUCGCGAAAGUGCUACACGAUGCGCUUGCCAGCGCCAAGCAGCAGUACUUGAACGGCCGCGCGGAUCGGAGCUCGAUUCUCGGAUCCGCCAAUGGGCUGUUGGAGAGCACGCAGGCAACCCAGGUGAGCUUGCCCGCUGAGGAGAGAGUCCGGUUCGAGGUGGACUACGUCUCGUUCGCGGACCGGUUUACGAUGGAUGAGGUGGAGGAGGUGGACCCUAGCAGGGGCGCCAUCGUCAGCGCGGCGAUUAAGAUGCUUCCGGUCGAGUUAGCGACACCGGGCGAGGAUGUCGGGUACAACGGAGGCCCGGCGGUUCGCCUGAUAGACAACAUGAUCCUGGAGCCGUCGGGUUAGGUAUAUUGCGCAUUCGACUAGCUUGGGGGAGUAAUGCACAAGAAAGCCAGUUAGCUCUCGCGGGGUGCUGCGCAUUCUCGCUCACCGCUAUCCGUAGCUCAUCGUAUUCCCCCCUUCGCCGUUCCCUGCCCUAUACGAUGGGCCGGCUGUUCCACCCAAGGCAAGACAUGGCGAAGUAGGGAAGAGAAGUAAGGGGUGCAUAACGCCGGCCACCAAGCUCUCCUUUAAUACAUCCUGCUCCUCUCGGUGACGCGCAUCUAUCCUCUCUGUUGAUCCGCUACCUCCUAAUACCUGCUAGGCAGAGUACUUGGGCGUCAGCCACGAUGCCGCCUUGCAUGAUGCAUCUCUGCUAAGACGAGCCUCCGCUAUGUACGCCCCGUUGUGGUAGGUUGGGUAGUAUUGGGUGGGUGGGAAUGCCCCUCGCUAGAUCCCCAACCGAAUGCUAUGCCCUUCUCCAGCGCCUGCGGCCUUGGGUUAGGUACGUCCAACCGCCUAAGACAGGCAAAGGUACUGCUAUGCUGGGGACCUGGGGUACGCAAUCUAUGCGUGUUAGUACCUAUAGGUUAGGUACCUGUAUACCCGAUAUCGCGGGCGUUCCCUUGCCUCCCCCUCCUUCGAUACUCCUCGGGAUC